AUGACGACUUUCGUUCGUUACAGUCUUGAUAGUGCAAUCGACCGGUUUUUCGACUCGAACACUACCGUUACGAGACAGCAAUGCGAUGAAUUUGCUACCUCUCACGCAGGCGGUGUUCCAACUGCUUUAGACAUGCAAGGCGUGUGCAGCUAUACUGUGACCGCAGGCCCCAACAACUCCAAACUUUUUCAGUUUCGAGAUGAGAACUCUAUCAUUGAUAUGGGCAACAUUACUCUUGCCCAAGAAGUCCAUCCCGAGUUUGUCUCCAGCUGUGUGUAUCUUGGUACCUUGGGCGAGUCGCGUCCAGUAUAUAUCUACGAAAUGGAGUACCUUUCCGGAACUCCUCAUAUAAUGGCGCGAAUUCCUCAGGACGACAUAUCCAGACACGGUAACACCAUCAAGGACUUUGCAAGAUUCUUUGCGCAGUCAUGGAACAACAAUCUACAACUAUGCUCCGAUGCAACUGCUUCCUUACUUACAGAAUUUCAAUCAAAUUUUAAUCUUCUUGCUGAGAAACUGCCUUCUCGCUUCAAACCCAACCUAAAACAGGUCCAAAAGGAACUCCCGUCUCUCUUCUCGCCAGCCUUCCGCUUUGCUCUUAGUCACGGCGACCUUAACCCGAUGAAUAUCCUAGUAAAUCCUCAAACCGGAAAUGUCACAGGAGUUGUUGACUGGGCUGAAGCAAAGAUCCUGCCAUUUGGUUUCGCGCUAUAUGGACUUGAGAAUUUUUUCGGUUGGAUGAAUUCCGAAGGGUGGCACUACUAUGAUCACCACUGCGAACUGGAGAAUCUCUUUUGGGGAACCUUUCGAGAAGAGGCUCGUAAUUUCUCUGACACUGAUUUGGUUUUGGUCCGCGCCGCGAGAAUGGUUGGAUUUUUCUACCAUUAUGGAUUUACCUUUGACGCAAAAGGCGUGGUGCAAGGUGUACGAAAGGAACAGCAAGGAGGUUCGUUCGCAUACCUGGAUGCUUUCUGUGCUUCUGGUAAUGGGACUCCCCUUGCGUAG